AUGGAUUCAACGAAUAGCCAAAAAGAGAUGGAGCUGUUUGAAGGCCAAGCUCUUCUAUACAUGCAGACAUUUGGCUACUUAAGAACUAUGUGUCUUGAGUGGGUUAUCCAACUAGGUAUACCCGACGUAAUAAACAAUCAUGGGAAACCCAUUACUCUUCCCGAAUUGGUGUCAAUUCUGGAAAUUCCACCGGCUAAAGCUAGUUAUGUGCAUCGGUUCAUGCGGUUUUUGGCACACAAUGGAAUCUUUGCUAUCCAUGAAAGCCAAGAAAAUCAUGAAUUAGCAUAUGGUCUAACCAUUGCAUCAAAGCUACUUGUGAAAAGCAGUGACCAUUGUUUAUCUCCAAUGGUUUUAGCAUUCACUGAUCCCCUUCUGCUGAAUAAAUACCAUCAGUUAGGGGAAUGGAUACGUGGGGAUGACCCCACAAUAUUUGAGACAGCCUUUGGAACAAGCUUUUGGGAACUUCUUGAGAAAAAGCCUGCAUAUAUGGGUCUUUUUAAUAGUGCAAUGGCAAGUGAUUCCCAAAUGGUUGACUUGGCAUUGAAAAAUUGUAGUUCAGUGUUUGAAGGGCUAGAUUCCAUCGUGGAUGUAGGCGGUGGAACUGGAACCACAGCCAGAAUUAUUUCUGAGGCAUUUCCUAAGUUGAAGUGUGUUGUGUUUGACCUUCCUCAGGUUGUGGUGAACUUGUCUGGAACCAAUAAUUUGAGUUUUGUUGGCGGUGACAUGUUCCAAUCUAUCCCUCAAGCGGAUGCAAUUCUACUCAAGUGGAUUUUACAUGAUUGGACCGAUGAAAAUUGCAUAAAGAUCUUGAAAAAAUGUAAAGAUUGUAUUUCAAGCAAAGGCAAAGGAGGAAAAGUAAUUAUCAUAGAUACAAUAAUAAAUGAAAAGUCAGAUGAGCAAGACAUGACUCAAACAAAGCUCAGCAUGGAUAUAAUUAUGUUGACUAUUAAUGGAAGAGAGAGAACUGAAAAAGAAUGGAAACAACUCUUCAUCGAAUCAGGAUUCAAUCACUACAAAAUAUUUCCCAUCUUUGGUUUUAGAUCUCUUAUUGAGGUCUAUCCUUAG